AUGACUUCCACACCAGAUAAGCUGAAGCAAGAACCGCCAAAUGACGACAUCACGAUGUCUGGCGACGGCGAUACUCCACGAGAAAACGGAGACAGCUCUGGCUUGUCUAACCAGGCCGAUGGCAGUCAACCUGGUCAAAGCGAUAUGAACCAGGUUGGUCAGAACAAUGGAAACCAACCUGGCCAAACCGAUAUGAAUCAAACUGGUCAGAGCAAUGACAAUCAACCUGGCCAAACCGAUAUGAAUCAAGCUGCUGGGCAGAGCAAUGAUAAUCAAACUGGUCAGAACAAUGGCAAUCAAUCAUCUAACGAAAACCCAUUUCUAGCUCGACCCUUCAAGCGUAGUCUACAAAAGCCCGAUGAUAGAGGCAAUUCAGCCGAUAAUUCCAGGGCUUUCAGUCCAGCAGUAGAAGACCCUAAUGCUAAAAAGGCGAAAACAGAUCAUGUCUUUAGUUUUAAUUCUGCAAAAGCGAAGACGGCUCCCUUCUCUCCAAGGGCACAAACGACAACAAGAGCCUCUCCCUUUUCUGACGAUGAUGGAGUUGGCGACCCUGACCUCGAAAAGGAUCUAGUCGGU